UAACAUAAUACAACCGACAACACGGCUGUUGGAAGCAUUCACAAGGAACAGCUGUUUGUCAACGGAUAGUGGGGGGAAAGGCCACAGAAAGGCCGAUUGAGCACAAACAAUUCAGUUUCAGUUCACAUUCACGUUAGAAAAGAACUGGAUGUAUCAGAUAAGAUUAGUGAGUGACACGAUUUCGGUGACUUUAGUGGACAGUUUAACACAAAAUGGUCCGUAGUUUAUCGCAGUGGACAAAAACUUUGAGUUUUCCCGCGAGAAUUUCUCCGAAUAAAAGUUCCAAAGAAAGUAUUAAUAUCCAUCAAGUUAGUGUCACGCCGACUUUGAGUAACAAUUCUUUAUCGAAAAAUAACGAAUUUAAUAAUAUGAUGAACAAUCAUGCCUCAUUAACAGAAGUUAACCAAAUUUAUUCGGAUCCUGAAUCAGAGAAGGCUAUUAUGAGCUCAAUUGUCUAUUGCAUUCACCACAAGGAAGGAUGUAAAUGGUCCGAUGAACUUAGAAAAUUAAAGGGACAUUUAAAUACUUGUAAACACGACGCUAUCCCAUGCACGAGUAAAUGUGGAGCACAAAUACCCAGAGUAUUGAUGGAGGAUCACCUCAAAUACACUUGUCCGCAGAGAAGAACUAGAUGCGAAUUUUGUAACAAGGAAUUUACCGGACACGCUUUAGAAAAUCACGUCGGUCAUUGCGGAUACGAACCCCUGUAUUGCGAAAAUAAAUGCGGAGUAAAAAUACACCGGCGACACUUGGGUCAACACAAAAUUGGAGACUGUUCAAAAAGACUUGUGCCUUGCAGAUAUUGCACCAAAGAAUUCGUAGCCGAUACUUUACCAGCUCAUCACGUUAAAUGCGGAAGAGUACCGGUGCAAUGUCCCAACAGGUGCGACGUGAGUGUAUUGGCUAGGGAAGAAUUGGACACGCACCUCAAGGAAGAAUGUACAGUUUCGGUACACAGUUGUAGCUUCAAAGACGCUGGAUGUAGAUUCAAAGGACCUAGAUAUGUUAUAGAGAAACAUCUGGAAGAAAAUUGUCAACAACAUUUAAGUCUUAUGUGUAAUGUUGUAUCUAAACAACAACAUCAAAUAACGUCUUUGAAGAGCGCCUUAUCUAGGUUAUCUUUGAAUUAUUCCGGUACUUUAAUUUGGAAAAUUAGCGAUUUCGCUGCCAAAAUGGCCGAAGCUAAAAGUAAAGAGGGGAUGGAGUUGGUAUCGCCGCCUUUCUAUACUAGUCAAUAUGGAUAUAAACUACAGGCAUCCCUUUUUCCAAACGGAAACGGCGCAGGUGAAGAUUCCCAUAUAUCCGUGUAUAUAAAAAUCCUUCCCGGCGAAUACGACGCUUUAUUAAGAUGGCCGUUUUCCCAUUCAGUAUCUUUUACGUUAUUCGAUCAAUCGACGUGUCCCGAAAAAGCCUGCAACAUAGUCGAAAGCUUCAUACCGGAUCCGACGUGGAAAAACUUCCAACGACCCAGCAGGGAACCGGAUUCCUUAGGUUUCGGUUUUCCGAAAUUCGUCUCGCACGAAAUGCUCAAAAAAAGACAUUUUAUGAAAGACGACACCAUGUUUAUCAGAGUUAAAGUGGAUCCAAGUAAAAUUGUUGCCGUUUAAUCACAUUAAUAUUCGUGCACGUCAUUAAGCAACGUUGCCAAACCAAAUUUUGACAAUUUGGCCUUGAGUACGAUCUAUAUAUAAUUGUUCUGAAAAUGUUUUUGAUGAUCUCAUUUUUCUUUUUCGAUAUGUAUAUAUAAAAGUGUAUAAAUGUAUAAAGAUAAUGUAAUUAGAGAAGUUAUCGGAAAAGAAACAUUUCGUAUUGUAUCGUGACUUAUUAUAUCAUAUAAACUAUCUGGUAUCGGAAGACUUCUUCGAAAAAGGUUUACAAGGUAUAAAUCGAUUUAUUUCUGAAGAUAAUCAAUUCUUUUAAACUUUUUACUGUGGCGUCCUCCUAUAAUCGAUCCAGUAAGGCUUUCCCAACAUGCUACUCCUCGUUCUAAUAGAUCUAGACGAAUGUUCCACGACGUGGACCGUUUUCUUUAUAAUUCAUCGUUUGUGUUGGUUGUUUUUGUCCACCAGUUCUUUAUUUCGUUCCUACAAAUAUUUUUCUUCUCCUUGACCACAAUGGUGUCCAUUGCGUUAUUCUUUUAGAACAUUUCUGUUGGUUUUCUAUGUGCUUUUACGUAUCUCACUUUAUUUUCCUUCCUUUCUUCGUUUUUCUUUGUUCUCUUUUCUCCCUACUGUUUUGUGUUUGGACCUGUUACAAUUCUCCUUAUCUUCUCGGUUCUUUUAGUUCCUUCUUCUUCCCUUUUGUUGAUUAUUGUUGUUUCGCAAUUGGCUAUAUCACGUUUUCUUUUCGAUUUAAUUUGAUUCUUAAUAUUCUUCGAUCAAAUUAGAGCUAAAUGAAAUUAUUUUCAAUCAAUGUUAUUCGAUUAUAUCGAAUACAAAUAUUUUUACUAGCUUCUUGUUGCUCAAAUGUGAGCAUUUUAGUUGAAAUUUACAUGUAAAAUUUGUCGUCGUCGAUUUUGACUCCGAAAGGCGAUUCAGAUGUGAAUAAUCUUCGAUAUCUUUUAGUUAGUCUCACUCAAAAAGACGCGAACGCGACAUUUACUUACAUACACUUGUUUCGAUUGCAGUUUUUCAAAGUUGCUAACAGUCCCUGUUACUUUAUAGCCACACCUCGUAUAGUGCAUUUUAUUUUACGUUGUAUAUUAAGUGAGUUACGGACAGACACAGAAAAAAAAACUCGAUUUAUUGAAUUUUAAACAGGAAGUAGAAAAACUAUAGAUUUAUAAGUUUCUAUACAGUUGGCAAAUGUUUAUAUCGUAUUACUAUUUUUUAAUUUCAUUUUCGAAUUAAUUUAAUUUAAUCUGGCAAUAAAACAGUCUUUGAUUCAAUUUCUAUGUAUCUUGAAUACUAAAUAAAUUGAAAUAGUUUGACAACCAUGUAUAUAUAAAAUUUAGUAUGUUUGUAUACGUAAUAGAUGUCGCUACAACUACGAGGAAUAAUAUUUCGUUAAUAUUAACAUUUUUUGAACUUUGACGAUAACCAUUUAAUCAAAAAUCUUCUGUUUUAUUUAUAUUUAAACUGUAUAUUAUAUAAAUAAUAGUAUAUUGCCGAAUUUCUUGAAAAGUCACUACUAUGUUCAGGAAAUUUUGUAAAAAGUUUUUCGUUUUGUUAUGUGAUAGCUGGAGACCACCAAAGUUUUUGUUUAUAUUCGGUUCGUUUGUACUCGGUACACAUAAUAUUUUAGUCAUUUAAAUAUAAUUUUGUAAUAACUGGCAUCUAUUAUUCCAGUUUUGAAUAAAAUAAUACGUUUAACAAC